AUGCCGAUAACAAUAAAUUUAAAUGAAAUAAAUGAUCAAGAACUAACUAAAAAUUGGUUGGAUUUAUAUGAUACAAUAUUCACGGAUUGUGAUUCUGUUCUCUGGCAGGAUAACAGUGUAAUUGCGGGAGCCCCGGAAACCAUUAAUGCCUUACAAAAUCUCGGCAAGCGGGUGUAUUUUGUAACCAACAAUAGUACGAAAACCCGUUCGGAAUUGUGUGUAAAAGCCCGUGGCAUGGGUUUUCAGGUUACAGAAGAACAAAUUAUUGCACCCAGUUAUACCAUAGCCGAAUAUUUGAAAUUGAAUUUAAAUUCCGAACAAAAAGUCUAUCUUAUUGGCAGCCCCGCCAUGGCUAAAGAAUUAGAUUCUUUGGGUAUUGAACAUUUUGGUUUGGGUGAAGAUAUUGUUGAACCCAAUUGGGCAUCCAUUUUACCCGAUAUAGAUGAACAGACGAGAAGGGAAAAUAUUGGUGCCGUCCUAAUCGGAUUCGAUGAACAUUUCAGUUAUAAUAAAAUGAUAAAGGCUGCCAAUUUUUUGGUACAAAAUGACGAGUGUUUGUUUUUGGCUACCAAUGUUGAUGCGGUUUCGAAAUUCCCAAAAUAUUCUGUGCCCGGAACGGGUGCUAUUUUGCGGGGAAUUGAGGCAUGUGUGGGCCGAGAAGCUGUUGUCAUGGGUAAACCAAAUCCAGUGGUGUGUGAACAGUUGUUACGAGCGGAAAAUAUAAAACCGGAGAGAUCGUUGAUGAUUGGGGAUUGUCACAAAGCCGAUGUGUUGUUUGGAAAAAAUUGUGGCUUUGCCACUAUGCUGGUGGGUACUGGGCGCUAUAAAUGGUCGGAUGUUCUAGAAUUGCAGAAAAAUGAUUCGAAGCAAUAUAUACCCGAUUUUUAUGCUUCGUCGCUGGCGGAUUUAAGAACUUACCUUUAA